AUGCAGGAAGUCUCUGAAGGAAAGCAGCUCCCUGCUGACAGGCACUACAAGUAUGAGGAGCUCCAGUCCAGACCGUUCGUCACCCCUGAGUCUGGGAUCCCUGAAAACCUCCUGCACUUGUUCCACUCCUUUGGUUAUGAUUGUAAGCGCAAGAUAAACCUGCAGCUGCUCGAUGAGAAAACUCUAAUUUUCAUAGCAGGCAACGUGCUGGUCUUGCUGGAUAUUUUCACCAAGGAGCACCGAUACCUCCGCUCAUGCAGUGGAGGGGGGAUUGGGUGUAUUAUGGUACACCCAGAUAAGAAAUACUUUGCUGCAGCAGAGAAGGGAAAGCAGCCCAACAUAGUGAUUUAUGAAUAUCCGUCUUUACAACCACAGCGUAUUCUCAGAGGUGGUACGGAGCGAGCGUACAGCUGUGUGGACUUUAACCCUGAUGGGAGCUUGUUAGCCAGCGUUGGCGGUGCUCCUGACUACAUGCUAACGAUUUGGGACUGGAGGCUGGAGGAGGUCAAGCUGAGAAGCAACGUUGUUUCUCAGGAUGCCUACCGAGUUCGUUUCUCCUCCUACAACCCGAAACUGCUCACAUCAUCCGGAUGCGGACACAUCAAUUUCUGGAAUAUAGCUUCGACAUACACAGGCCUCAAACUGCAAGGAAAUGUGGGGAAAUUUGGAUCUGUUGAAGUAACUGAUAUCGAGGGCUUCGUGGAGCUUCCUGAUGGAAAGGUGGUGUCCGGCACAGCCUGGGGCAACUUGUUGCUUUGGGAUCGGAGUGCCGUUCGGGUGGAGAUUGGACGUGAAGGGGGUCGAAGCUGCCACAUCGGGACCGUCCAGCCAUUUGCCUUGGAAGAUGAGCAGUUGUUCACAUUUGGUUCCGAUGGAGCUGUUCGAGGCUGGGACUUUCAGAGGAUCAGUGGUGCCGACAGUGACAGCGGCAGCAAUAAGCUUGAAAUAGAGCCGCUCAGUGAGAUAAUGGUGGGACACGAUGUUUGCCUGUCCUCUAUUGUGAAGAGCCCCGAACUUGAUUCCUUCAUCUGGUUUGCUCAGGAUUCCGGUGGAGCCAUUUGGAAAAUCGAUCUUUCAUUCACCCACAAGACUCUUAAUCCCGAGUGUCUGUUUUCCUUCCAUGGCGGGAUGAUCCAAAGCCUGGAUGUGUCAAAGAAGUCACAUCUAAUGGCCACAACGUCUUUAUCCCGUUCAGUCAAAGUUUUUGACUUUCUCCACAAAAGAGAACUGACCACCGCUAAUUUCAAUCAGGGUGGAACGGUUCUCCUCUGGGCUCCACUGUCGGUGAGUUCGAGUCAGUGCCUGCUUGUGGUAGGCUUUGAGGAUGGCGUUGUCCGUUUAAUGGAGCUGUACAAUCCCGAGAAGCUGAAUGUGGCCAGCAAGCACAGCGCCAAAGAAGAGGCCAAGCUGCAGCUCAAACAGGCCUUCAAACCUCACAAUGCUGCCGUGACUGCUGUGGCAUAUGACGCCAAUGGAGAGGUCUUAGCCACAGGGGGUGCAGACAACACCGUCUUCUUCUUCACUGUGGGUGAAAAAUACGAUCCCAUUGGUUUUGUGCAUGUACCUGGAGCAGUGCAGGCACUGGAGUGGUCACCUAAUUCCCACCCUGAAAAAAGGCUACUCAUUCUUUGUCAGAACGGCCACGUGGUCGAGGUGCAUCGCCCUGAUCCUGAGAGUCAGCAACGAGCUGAAACCUUCCUGCUGUCUGGACUGAGCCGAAGAUCAUUCAGGUUCAGAAGCAUCAAAUUUCAGAUCAAGAGACACCAGGAAAUUUCCAGACGUCAGUUGAUUAAGGAGCAACAAAAGAAAGAGAGAGCAGAGGAAGAAGAAGUGCUGGAAGAGGAAGAGGAAAUAGAGUUACCGCCUACGCCUGAUGCUCCAAGCCCGCUUUACUGUGGUUUUUACUCACAGCCCGGCCAGUUCUGGCUCUCUAUGGGAGGAUUUGACUCGGGUUUCCUUUAUCACUGCAAAUUCUCAGAGAGCCGAGAUGAAGAUCCAGAUCAGCAGCAAGAUGAGCCCUUUGAUUUCCUGGCUGUUGAUAACGCCGACAACGACCCCAUUCAUGCUCUGACAUUCAGCGCCAACAGGCAGUUUUUGCUCUGCGGCAUGCACUCGGGCUCCAUCCGAGUUUACCCUCUGCAGCCUGGCCAGCCCGGCAUCACCUCCAUGCAGGCCUACUGGACUCUGAGUGUCCAUGACAACGACUACGGACACCUGCGGCACAUCAAAUGCAGCCACGAUGAUCAGUUCGUGCUGACGGCGGGAGACGAUGGCAACAUAUUUACAUUCAGCCUGCUGCCACCAGAGGAGCUGGAGAAGGGCCUGCAGAGACAGAAGACCCAGAUCCCCUCACCCCGGGAGGGUCUUGAGAUUGAGAGAAAGUCUUGUGACAUCGAAGACUCAGCAGCCUACAGCAUAGAGACGGCCAGGCAGAGGUUUCAAAGCGACAGUGUGCGUCAGGAGGCUGAAUUAAAACAGCAGAAGAAACUGAAGAAGCUCGCCGACAUCCAAAAGAAGUAUGAUCAAGUUCUGAAAGCCAACCGGGGUCUGCCGGAGCACGUUCGCCUGAAACCUGAGGAGCUGCAGCUGGACCCUCGUUUUUAUGAACUUACAGAAAGGCUCAAAGCUGAACGUUUGAGUGAAGUCAGAAGGGAGAUGGCCUGGGAACAGGAGCGCUGUAGCACAGCCUUCAACAAACUGCAGGAGUGGUUUAGGAGCUCUGCGGAGGCGAAUGUGGUCACUGUUGUGGGCAUCCACUCUGACCACAGAGUCUCCACCUACCGUUUGCCAGUUUUCAGUGAGAUUCCAACUCAGCAGAGCAGAUCAAGUUCAACAGAAAGACACAGAGACUCUUCACCAGAGACCACAGACGCCACAGUGGAGUCUGCAGAUGACAGCAGCCAGACAGAAGAGGUGGAGGAGGAGGUGCUGCAGCCGCCCGGGACUCGACCAAGGAUGACGCUGGGGUCUCGGCAGGAGGAGAGGCUUCGAAAGGCUGCGGAGAGAGCAGCACUAGCCAGGAAGAGAAUAGAAAACCGAGAACAAGAAUGGAACCAACUCUAUGCAGAAAAACCAGAUGGGAACUAUGAGGACCCGCAGGAUGUCCAGGACAUCCAGGAAGCGAGGGAAAACAUCGGAGACAUGACACUGAAGUCAGACGUUACCAUGAAGAUAAACCUGAAGAUGAUGUCUGACAGGAAGAGAGAGGAGCUGAGGGCCUUGGAGGAGAAUGUCUAUAAAAAGCAAAUUGACAUGAAUGGUAAAAUAAUAGCGCUGCGGGACUCCAAGGAUCGCCUGGUGUGUUGGUUUCACGGUCAGGCUCAGCGCUUGCAGGAGGUUCAGCAGCAUCUUCCAGUUCACCUCCGCCAGCCCGCACCCACCCCGCCCCGCAUGCUGCCAGAGGAGGCGCCAGAGACGUGGCUGCAGAGCAAAUUAGCUGCCUUGAGACGAUACCAAGUUGUGAGAGAACAGAGGUGUGACGCUUUGAAACCGGACGAGUGGGACAAAGAGCUGGAUGAGAGUCAGGCUGAGGAGGAGAUCAGACUGCUGUACGAGCAGGACUGCCUGAUAAACAAGAUGAAGACUUCAGUGACUGAAUUCGACAUGGAGCUUAAGCUGCUGCGUCAGCAGAAACUGCAUCUGGACUGCAAGAUAAAGCUGGCUGACCUUCACAAACUCCUGCUGGUCCAGGAGAGGCGGCUCCUGGAGCAGUUUGAGAGCAGAGACGGGUGCCUGCAGGAGAAAUUAACUGGAUGCAGCGUGGAGGAGAACAGCAUCGCAUCCAAGCUGGAGAAGUUAAAGCAGCAGAUGAAAGUGAAACACAGAGAAACAGAAAGACUGCAGGAGAGAGCGAAGGCUCUGUUUACCAAAUUCAAGACCUCGCUGGGGGAUGAACAUGAGUAUGAGGAGUUUUUAACCAAAGUAUUCAUGAAAAAAAUCAAACGUGACAAGAAGGAACUGAAAGGAAAGGAAGAUGAAGAGGACAGUGAUGAAGACUCCCAGGAAGAGGAUGACUGGGAUGAGGAGGAUGACAUCUGCAGCCUGGAGGACCUGGAGGCUGCUGUUGAUGACGGUGUCUGCCCUCCAGGCUGUGAUCCAGCGCUGUUUGAAUACACACUGAAGCUGCGUGAGCAUCGCUUGAACCUGGAGGAUCUGCUGACAGAGGAGAAGAGAAGUGUCAAAGCUCUGGAGAUGGAGAGAGAGACCUUCAGCAAAAAGGAAAAACUGCUGACGGGCUGCCGGAAGGCCGCUGAAAGUGACUUGAAUCUCGUUCACAGGGAGUUACAACAAAAACUCAACAGUCUGGAUGUGGUUGUUCCUCUCAGACUGCACCAGAUCCAGUAUGUCAUGAACGAGUCGGUGCCUUCAGACCUGAGCGAGGCCUUGUUGGUGCACGAGACGCUGCUGAACAAGUUACAGGAGCGCAUCAAGGAGCUGCAGGAGGAGAAAAUUCACAUGAGAAAGUUGUACUUUGGAGCUAAACAGGAGGGCACCAGGCUGGAGCGCCGCCUCGAGGACAUGAAUGCAGAGAUCCAGGUGCUGAAAACGGAGUGCAAGGAGCUGAUGAUGGCAAAGUUUGGAAAGCUGCUGGAUGUGGACGCUCUGGAGACGCAGGCAGGGAGCAGAAGACUGGAGGAACUCAAACUGAAACAACUGAAGGAAGAAGCUGCACAUGACAGGGAGGUGAAGCACUGGCAUGCAAAGCUUGAGGAGGCUUCUGUUGGCUCGUCUGAGACAAUCAAGAGAAACUCGGAGCUUUCCCGCAGCAUGUUGAGUGUCAUGGAAGAGAGAAAUCUUCUCGAGCGUCAAGUCUUGUCCAGGCACAAGAAACUGUUCAAGCAGCAGCGCAGCAACUACAGUCGACAUGAGACCCAGAAGGACAUAGAGAGGCUGGAGGAGGUAGUGAAAACCCAGGCAGAGCAGGAGAAAACCCUCCGCAGAGAGAUUGAGUUCCUGUCCUCUCCAGGAAGCCACUCCAUCCACGGCCAGACUAAACCAACCCCGUCGCUGCCAGACAGAAAACCAAACCGUCCGUCCAAACACGCCUCCAGCUAA